AUGGCCGAUGCAGCUAUUAGCGCUACUAUUCAGGUUGCAUUGGAGACGGUUAUUUCCCUUGCCGCUGAUCGUGUUAGUUUGGUUCUUGGAUUCGGAGAGGAGUUGGAGAGACUACGCCACACUGCAGAAACCAUCCGAGGUAUCCUGGCUGAUGCGGACAGGAAAAUGCAUAUUGCCGGGGUGAAAAAUUGGCUCGAGCAGCUUGAAGGAGAGCUUUUUAAAGCGGAGGAUGUGCUGGACGAGCUCAACUAUGAAAAUCUUCGUCGGGAGGUGAAGUACAGAAAUCAACUCAAGAAAAAGGUAUGCUUCUUCUUCUCGUACUUUAAUACAAUUGGUUCUCGUUCAAGGUUGGCUUCAAAGAUCAGGGACAUCAACAUGAACCUAGAAAGGAUCAAUCGGCAAGCAAAUGAUGUGGGACUGGUCUUCCGGUUCCAAAUUGAAGCCGCACUCCCUGCUGCUACUGGUGCCACAACAAGCAGACAAACCGACUCUAUUCUCGUUCCAAAUGUUGUAGGAAGAGUCGACGAUGAAUCAAAGAUUGUGGACAUGUUAUUGAGGCCAUCUGAAAAGGUUCUUUCUGUUAUUCCCAUAACAGGCUCAGGAGGUUUGGGAAAAACAACUCUGGCGAAAUCAAUCUACAAUAAUCCAAAAAUAGAUGGGCACUUUGGCCAAAAAAUUUGGGUUUGUGUGGCUAAAGAACAAAUUAAGAUAAUGGAGCUGUUCAAGCUCAUUUUAGUACAAUUGACAGGAGAAGAAGUUAAAGUGGAUGACAGGAAUGUUAUCGUUAAAAAUAUUGGAGAAAAGCUCAAGGGACAAAGAUAUUUCCUUGUUCUUGAUGAUGUGUGCUACCGUUCUUUGUCAUUUCUUUUCCUUUUUGGUGUCUUCAAUUCAAUUUUUUCCCGUCUCGACCCUCACUCAAAAUGA